AUGUCACUUUUCAGAACUUUACAAUCGUCUCCAGCAACCAUCACUCUUUUCCAUAACAGCAAGAUCCCAUUGUCAAAUGAAUUGUACAAGGUUUUGAACAAGACAUACGAUUCCUUACCCGAGAAGCCAAAAUAUGACUUUCAAAUUGAUUUGAUGAAGAAUAAGAUGCCCACUUACGAGCAAUACCAGAUCUUUGUCAAUAAAUUCCUCAAGUCUGAUCAAGCUAAAAAGACAUUACAUGAUAGUUUCCCCUUUUUGAAUGAAAGACUGAUUGAUUUGCUCGACUCACAUGGUAAAAAAGUGACCAUCAAAGGAGUUGAUUGGGCAAAUAAAGUGUUCUCUCAAUCAGAGUAUCAAAAAAUCUACGACACAUUUAACAAGUUGGUGGAGAAUGAAAAUGAUCAAUCUGUUGAGACAAACCCAGCCCAGAUUUUUAAGGCUCCUUUAGUUGUUGACUGGGACCAAGAUUUAUUGGCUGGCGAUCAAGAGACUUUGAAAGCUUUGUUGGCUAAAUACGUUGAUCAAUAG